AUGGGGUCGCAGCAGCUCGUGGCCGAUUUUCGCCGCCUGGUCGUCGAUGUGGAAGAGCUCUGCAACCCACAGCGCAAUUUUUACAUCAAUUAUUCACGUCUGAAGUUUGUGCGCAAUCUGGGAGCCGGUGCCUUUGGCGAGGUUAUGUUAAUGGAGUUGGAGGGUAUCAGCAGCGAGGAUCAACGGAAGCAGCGUCUGGUGGCCGUCAAGCGCUUGCUCGAUUCCGAAGUGAAGGACGAGUUUGUGCAGGAAAUGACCACGAUGCGAAAAUUAAAGCAUGCCAAUUUGGUACAAUUGCUGCACGUGGUGGAUGACGACGCCCAUCCCGGCCUGGUGAUAGAGUAUCUGGAUGGUGGCUCCCUCGCUGAUUGGCUGGACGACCACCAUGCACGUCCGCUUGACACAGACUUGUCCAUCCAUGUUCUCCAUUCCAUCGCAAACGGCAUGGCUGAGCUCGUGCGCUGCGGCGUGGUGCAUCGUGACCUUGCAGCUCGCAAUGGUGACUUGCGGCAGUUACAACUCACGACCCGUGGUCUUCAAAUAGGCAUUCAGACUUCGCGGCCCUUGCCCUUGCGGUGGCUGGCGCCGGAAAUGCUCAAGGACAAGAUGGCCAACGAAGCUACUGAUGUGUAUGCGUAUGGAGUUUUGAUGCACGAACUUUUUGAAGAUGAUUUGCCGCUAGCCCAUCUUGACGAUGCAGCUUUUAUGGGACUACUUGUGGAGCUUUCCCGCAAAAGUUCGGGGUUGAUUCGUCAGAGAAGGUCUAGCCUAGGAUCUUCCGGUGACCAUGUGGAAAUGCAAGCUCGAGCUCCCGCCUUUGAACCGCCCGCUCACUGCCCCCCGGCAUUGGCAAGCGUGAUGAGAUGGUGCAUCGACCUGAAUCCAAUGCAUCGCCCCACCUUUGCCCAACUUCAGGACAAGUGGGUUGCGGUGGGCGUGUCGCAGGCGGCUGCCACGCCCACUGCUUUACCGGCUUCUCAGGCAACCCCACGCUUAAUAUUGAGCCCAAGCCCGACAUUAGAGGACACGAAUCAAAGCGAGAGUCGGCUUUGA